AUCGUGCCCCAGUCUUAUAUGUAUACAAAACACUGUAAACGAAGAAUUGGCGAGAAAUCUACAACAACAUUGAACUUUCUGCUUCUAUUUCAACUACCAUGCUCCGAAUAUAUUAUUUAAACUGAGAGGGAAGGAAAUCUGGCUCGAUGAACCUCGCAAAUCAGCCCUCGGAUUCAAAUUCGAAUCUAUUAUUCGUCAAUUUCAAUCAAGAUUAUACGUCAUUAGCAGUAGGCACGAAGACAAGCUACAGACUGUUCUCAUUGACAUCUGUGGACAAGCUAGAGCAGAUCUAUGAACAUGACUCGGAAGAUAUCUGCAUCGUGGAGAGGCUGUUCUCCAGCAGCCUGGUGGCAGUGGUGUCGCUCACGGCACCCCGUAAACUAAAGGUCUGCCACUUCAAGAAGGGCACCGAGAUCUGUAACUAUAGCUACUCCAACACCAUUCUAGCCGUCAAACUUAAUCGCAAGAGAUUAAUUGUAGCACUAGAAGAGAGUCUCUACGUUCACAACAUACGGGAUAUGAAGGUGCUGCACACGAUACGGGACACCCCUCCCAACCCCCUGGGGCUGUGCGCUCUAUCCAUAAACAACGACAACUGCUACCUGGCCUACCCGGGAAGCAGCCAGAUAGGAGAGGUGCAGAUCUUCGACACGGUCAACCUGCAGGCGGUGACGAUGAUCUCGGCCCACAACAGCCCCCUGGCGGCGCUGGCCUUUGAUACGUCAGGGACCAAGCUGGCAACGGCUUCAGAGAAGGGUACCGUGAUCAGAGUAUUUUCCAUUCCAGACGGCAAGAAAUUGUUUGAAUUUAGGAGAGGAGUGAAGAGAUGUGUCAGCAUAAACUCCUUAGCUUUCAGCGCAGAUUCGAUAUUCCUGUGUGCAUCCAGUAACACAGAGACAGUCCACAUCUUCAAGCUUGAGCUACCGAAAGAAAAACCUACGGAGGAGCCCUCCACAUGGAUGGGAUACCUAGGAAAAGCCUUGAUGACUCCUGCUAACUACCUGCCGUCUCAGGUAACGGAGGUACUCACGCAGGACAGAGCAUUCGCCAUCGUCAAACUACCCUUCUCAGGGCUCAAGAAUGUCUGCGCUCUCGCUAACAUCUCCAAGCCCAGGGUUCUAGUUGCAGCUGCCGAUGGUUUCAUCUACAUCUAUAAUCUUGAUCCUACGGACGGAGGAGAUUGUACAUUACUCAAGCAACACAGGUUAGACGGACAGACUGAUGCAGGGAGCGGGGGUCUUGUCGGAGCCACAGCUGGAGGAUCAGCAGGAGCAGGAGAAGGAGCCGCUGGAGCUGGCGGUGCUGGAUCCGACGAUCAGAGUGACGGAGAGCAGGCUGCCAUGGGGUACUCGCCCGCUCCUGCCAAGACGUUUGCCUCGGCUACGGGAGGAUCCAGGAACGUGGAUCUGCUUUCAUCAUCACCUCACAGAAGCCCUGCUAGAGAGCCAAUGAUACCCAGCACGGUGGACCACAGGCACGACGAACUCUUAGUGACCGCCGAUGCAGACGACAACCAGUUCGCUGCCCCUGGUAUAGCCGCAGGACUCAACCAACUACGCUUGGACGACGACAAUGAAUUCCCUCCCAUGAUGCAACACACGGAAUGACCGCAUUAAGACGGUCCGGAUCCAGUCUUGCGUACGUCUUUGUCAUUGUUCAUGUGACUGUGCAAAUUCUAAACCGACUCCGCUCGUCCUCCGUGGAGUCUAUUUUUAUGUGCAAGUGGGCAUACUGCUGUUAUUAUCAAGAGAAAUAUUAACCAAGAUCUUACGUAAUUUAUCGACCCCCUUCCCCCUCCUUUCUCCCACCCAUCAACAUAAAUUACAUGGAUAACGAAUCAUACAUGCAUGUAUGACACUAUGUACAUUUGUUGUGCCGCAUUGUAUCUGUCUCUUGAUUUCACACAUUAGAUUCUGUCGUAAUUGAUCUAGAAUUGAGGCGGGGCAUUUUCAUCAUUACUGUUAAAAGUCCAAAGGAACCUUUUAUCUACUGUCUUUGUUUACCACACAAGGUUGUAAGUAUGGAUGGUGCCCAUAUCAUCAACUUGGCUUCACCAUUAAAGUAUGCAUUGAUGAUGCCUGUAUUGAGAACACCAAUGGCUCUCUCAGAAUUUUUGUCGAGGGGUUUAUAUAUAGGGCUAUUCCGUGCAAUGUGAUGCGUCUUGAACAACACAUGAACUUUGUCCAUUUAUUUCAUCAAAAAAUAAAAAUUUCUUGAUAUGGCCAUCAAGCAAUGGCUCUUUCUGGCAUUAUCAACAUUGUUAAAUGUUCAUUUCAAAAUAGUAUUCAUUUUGAGGUGAACUAAAUGGAAAAAGACUUGUGUUGUAAUGGGACACAUUUCCUGAGAUUGCCCAUAGUUGAAAAUCUUCUCCACAAAGACAAAUGCUUCAACGCUAUAUUUAUUAUACAUGUAGAUCCAUGUAUUGUUGAUCGUAUGGAUACUCUUGCUUAACAUAUUUUCCUAGGAUUCAAAACCUAACUACAUCAGUCAUUGGUGCUUUGCAUCAGUUGUUUGCAUGCUUGUGUUAUCUGUUGGAAAAUGGAAUCUCAUGUUAUGCAGGGUUCUCUCUAUUAGUACUGGUAUGUUAUUGUAGAAACUUUUUUGGCAUUACAGUCAUUCAUGUACAGUAGUACCUCAUUGCAUUUCAGCAUCAUUUACCCAGUAGGUUGGAAGUUACACGAGUGUGUAAAAUGUACUAUUGCAAUGAUCUCUCCAAUAUGUAUACAUGUCUGUGAAUUCACAAGCCUUGGUGAGUGCCGCAUGAAUUUCAUUCGAGAUCAUCACGUAGGUGCAGUUGAGUGACCGCGCAGUCCUGCUACCAUCAAGUCUGCCACAGUGAAACCUGUAUAGAAAGACCACCCCCCCCCCCUGUCUAUAAAGAGACUGAAAUUUCGGUUUCCCUCGAAUGUUGUCACUGAAACAAGCCCUGAAGGAACCUGUACAUAAAGACCACCUGCCUAUAACCGACCCCUUUUUUUCUUCCUUUAGCAGCCUUUGUAUACAGGUUUCACUGUAUUAUUAUAAACAAGUGCAAAUACAAAUACCUCUCUGACACUCUUCAUACAACCCCUUUCUCUGUAUAUUCAGAGUAGAUUAAAACUCUAUCAGAAGGAUCUACUUUGAGAUAUGAAUA